AUGCAUAGUUCCGUGCUGAGGCAGUUGGCUGUCGCCCUGGCAGGGCUGUCAAGCACAGCUGCUGGGAUGGGGAUGACGGCGCUUCGCCAGGAGCUCAAGCUCGCCGCUGAGAUGGGAAUUAAUCCAGACUCUAUGCUGAAGCAGCAAAAAUCCGUGCAUACACUGGCAAAUCCGGGGGAUUCGAACAAGGUUGUUGCAAAGACCGCCUCGAUUCCAAUCGACCAUAACGACGUUUCGGUGGGGACAUAUGCGAACCGCUACUGGGUCAAUGACCAAUAUUAUCAAAAAGGAGGACCCGUUUUUGUAUAUGAUGUUGGCGAGGCGGGGGCAGAGAGUACGGCGAAGCAGUUUCUGGGAAAUUCCACGUCGUUCCUCAGCGAGAUGCUGAAGGAAUUUGGAGGAAUCGGCAUCGCGUGGGAACACCGAUACUAUGGACAAUCGCUACCCUUCAACGUCAGCGUCGAUACUCCACCGGAGGAGUUCCAGUACCUGACGAACAAGCAGGCACUAGCUGACAUCCCCUUCUUCGCUCAGAACUUCACACUCGACGGCCACGAUGAGAACCUGACACCUGAUACCAAGCCUUGGAUCAUGAUUGGAGGCUCAUACGCCGGCAUGCGCGCCGCCUUCACUCGCGAUGCGUAUCCCGACACCAUCUUUGCCUCGUAUGCCUCCUCGGCGCCGGUCGAGGCUCGUGUGAAUAUGAGCAUGUACUUUGACCAGGUCUACGAUGGAAUGGUGGCCAAUGGCUACUCGAAUUGUACCAAGGACAUCAAGGCGGCUCUCGAGUAUAUUGAUGAGGAACUCUCGGCGAACGCGUCUUCCGCCGCGGCGAUCAAGAAGGGCUUCUUCGGCGACGGCGCCGAGACGAACAGCAACGGCGAUUUCACCGCGGCGCUGGGAGGCAUCUUUGGUUACUUCCAGUCGUACGGUCUGGGUGGUGGGGAGGGCGGCCUGGGCUCCUUCUGCCAGCACCUUGAGACCGACCCUGACACUCUGCAAUCGGCUGGACCUGGCGGCUUCGCUCCCGUCCGGGGGAACAAGUACGUCGCGGAGCGAUUUGCGGCGUGGCCCGUAUUUGUCGACCUGAUCAACUUCAAUUACCACACCAACUGCCAGCAGCGGGACAGCACCGAGCCAUUGGAGUGCGCGCUCAACCCCCUGGCCACCGACCCGGACACCAUCAGCUGGACCUGGCAGUAUUGCACCGAAUGGGGAUACUACCAGAGCAACAAUGUCGGACCCCAUUCAUUGCUGUCGCAAUUCCAGACUCUCGAGUACAUGCAGUAUAUCUGCAACCGACAGUUCCCCGAGGCCGUGCAGAGAGGUCUCCUGCCCAAGGAGCCGCAGGUCCACGCGACGAACUCGCAGACCGGCGGCUGGACCAUCCGCCCAUCAAACGUCUACUGGAGCGGCGGCCAAUUCGACCCCUGGCGGACCCUGUCUCCCCUCGCCACCGAGGACGGUGCCCCCCAGGGCGUCACCUUCACCACGGAUGUCCCCGAGUGCGGAGUGGAGACGGAGGAGAACACGCUGUUCGGGUAUAUCCUGGAGAAUGCGGAGCACUGCUUCGACUUUGUCAGCGGCUCCAGCGCCGGCGAGAUCUCCCGCGGGUACUUUCACAAGGCGCUGAAAGCCUGGCUGCCCUGCUUCAAAGCGCAGACUACCAUCAACUACCGGGAUCGAUCCGGCGACCAUAGGAACGACCAAGGGCGUCCGGGGAAAGGGAGGGCGACAGGGAACCGUUGGGAUCGGCGGAGCCACUAA